UGAAGUAAAGGACAAAAACAAAACAACGAGGUCUACUUCAAAAUUCUUCACAAGGCUGAAUCAAGGACAUUAGCCAACUUUUAAACUUUAUAUUUUUAUUCUUAUUUUAGUUCUUUCACAUAAAUACUGCCUAACAGCAAUGGCAGGCAAAACAAAACUAUUGGACUGGCCAGAUGUGAAAUUUCGGGAACGACUUGAGGAUUUUACUCUCUCUGAACAUCCGAGGCUGACCCGCAGUGACCCAAGGGCCUGGAUGACCUCUGCGAGCCCCGCGUACCCAUCCACGGGUGACCAUUACACCCAGCAAUCGGUGGAUGUCGCCAUGGGCAAAUACAUCUCUGGAAACAGUCCUCAAACUGGGGAAUUCGAACUGGGAAAAUCAAGAGCACACGGUGGAACCCAGCAAAACCCCCCCGGUCCUCAAAAACACAGACGCGUGGCCGCCAACGCGAGGGAAAGACGCAGGAUGCACGGACUAAACCGAGCAUUUGACAAACUGAGGAGUGUCAUCCCCUCCAUGGAGAACGAGAAAAAACUCUCCAAAUAUGACACCCUUCAGAUGGCGCAGAUAUACAUAACAGAACUGUCCGAGUUGUUGGAAGGUGUUGUGCAGUCGGAGUGCAGAGGUUUGAGGGAAGGAUGCUGUCCGGCCGGUAGCCAUGGUAACCACGGCCAGAGGACUGGGGCUCAGUCGAUUAGGACCAGCGCAUCUUACGCAAUGGACGCAACAACUUCUAACUUUGUUUCGGAGAAAAACGACGCGACUUCUAACGCCAGCGAUGGUGAAUCGUCGCAUUUCAGUGACAUUGAUGACGGACAGACUGGAGGACGCUGAUGGUGACGUGAGCUGGACUGUGGCACUAAAGCGAUUAUUAAUGCUAAUUUAUAUGUCUGUGUUUUAGUAGACACUAAAAGAACCAAAUAGAUAGGCCUUGUGGAUAAUGUUUAGUUUUCUAGAUGAUGCUUAGUUACAACUUGAUUUGGCAAAAUGUAUGACAGCUCACGAAAAGGGAAAGAAAGAACGAAACGAUAC